AUGGUAAAUGACCCUCAGCACACCCGUGCUUUUGAGAAGCUGACACUGGAGUUGAGCAAUGCACUGCUGUGGACAAGGGCAGCAGCAAAACAUUUGUGUGGCUCCAAAGUAGAACAUGCAGCCGUGGAUGCUUCAGUGUUGUUUAAGUGUGCAGGACUAACAUCAUCUCCACUCCCCGCUCAGUACCACAAGACCAUUGAGGCGGUGUAUUCAGUGGAAAACUCUGUGGAGACGCUGCUGGACCUGCUGCAGAGAUACCGGGAGAAGGCAGGGGAUAAAGUGGCAGAAAAGGGUGGAAGCAUCUUCACUAAGGCCUGUUUCCUUCUUGCGCUCCUGCUGCAGGACAAGCAACGCGCUGAGGAGGUCAAAAAGCUACCCAAGGUCUUGGAUAGGAUCCACAGUAUUUACCGCCUCACUGCUCGCAAACACAAGAUGGACACAGAAAGAACAAUCAUCAAGCAGAAGAUGAGCGCGUCGAUCAACGGGAGCUUCUUUGUUCCGGCGACGCCUCGUAAAUCCCGCGCUGCACCAAAGUUUGCACCAGAUUGGGUUCUCAGACGAGAUAAGCUCAAAGACAUUGUGGACCCCCUCAGGGCCAUUCAGGUGGUGGCGAACACACUGUCCAUUGUGCUGUAAAUAAACAUGCUUAUAUAUAUAUGUAUUUUAAUCCAUGAUCUUCUUUUUAAAAACUUA